AUGGCCGUCUCGAUGCGUAGGGGUGUUGUCUCGAUUGGACGCGAGCCCGCUCGCGUCGCCAGGCCUGCGACGGGCGCCCAGAUCCAGCGGGUGCAGCAAUUCAGGGGCGCCGCUGCUCAGCCAUUCGCGGGUAGCUCGCGUCCGAAGCAGCUCCUGGGCCUCCAGCAGCAGCGGACGGUAGCCUGCCGCGGCCUGUUCGGCCUCGGCGUGCCCGAGCUUGUCGUCAUUGCGGGCGUGGCAGCUCUCGUCUUCGGUCCCAGCAAGCUUCCUGAGCUGGGCAAGGGUCUAGGGAAGACCGUCAAGAGCUUCCAGACGGCAGCCAAGGAGUUUGAGACCGAGCUGAAGCAGGCGGCGGGGAACGACCAAGCAGCAGAAGCCGAGAAGAAGCCCGCCGACGCCCCCAAGGCUGAGGACAAGGCGGGCAGCAAGUGA